GGGGCCGAGCUGCUCCGAGCGGAACCGAGUGACGCAGAUCAGCUGACCGCGGCCGCUUCCAUCACCACGUCCCUCGGUUUGAAUGAGUCGGAAUCUAACGCGUCUGUGAUCGACCGACCGACCACCGACCGACCACCGACAUGCCGUCGCUCCUGUUCUGCGGGCCGAAGGUGGCCGCCUGCGGGAUCGUGAUCAGCAUCUGGGGGGUCAUCAUGCUGGCGAUGCUGGGGAUCUUCUUCUCUGCGAAGUCGGCCGUGCUGAUCGAGGACGUCCCGUUCACUGAAGACGACAUCCGUAACGAUAAAUUCCCUCCUCAGAACGUCUACGCUCUCUACAACCAGGUCGGCAUCAACUGCUUCAUUGCCGCCGCCAUCUACGUGGCCGUGGGCGCCGUCUCGCUCUGCCAGGUGCGACUCAACAAGCGCCAGGAGUACAUGGUCACAUAGAGCGGCAGCGAGGAGCCUGACACCCCCCCCCCCCACGGCGUCAGGCUGUUAUUUAUUUUCAAAGUAAAAGCUUCUGUGUUUGUUGUGAUGUUGUCAUUCCUGUAAAGAUUCUUUAUUAAAGUGACCAAACGUAAUCGA